CACUGGCGACCUGUCUGCAGCCGGCCGGUAAUUUGCGAAUUAUAAUUAAAUCGCUUCGGUGGAAGCGGCUAAGUAAUUUCUGAAAAUUCCCUCGUCGAAAACGUUCAAAACCGGACGAAGCACGAGCGCCGCGGUCAAUAUUGUGGCGACGUUCGGUCGCAACACAACUCCAUCAGAAAUAUUAUUGUUUAUAUACAAGAAUAUCGGUAUUGUUCUUCUGUGACUUGGCAUCGGGCAUCGGUAACGGUUCAUCUGCAUAAACAACUUGUGGUUAAACAUAUUUGUUUUUGUUGCGCUGAAUCGCGUGCUAGUGGAAGACGGGUGUUUGCUGUUGCAGUCAGAAGGAUAAAAUUAUUGUAAUCCGUUUAUUUUUAAACGCUGUUACAUGGACAUAACUUACGCACGUCUAAAGGACACUCAAGAACAGUUUGACAAAGACGCAGGACAUUCAAUAAAUAUGAUGCUGAAACCUUUGACUAAUGGCACCGAUAGGAGUAGGAGUCCAUCACCAAACGCUGUCAGGCCGUUGCUUCACAUUGAAGGAAACAACACCUCUGAUGCCCCUUUAGCUCAUAUAGAAACUGAUGAUGAACAUGAUGACAGAGAAGUAGUGAAUCGUCCAUAUCCAGGUGUUGAUGAUGGAUUCUUUACCAAUGGCACAAAUACCGAAAAUGUUAAACCAUCUGGUGAAGAUGACUCUGGACAUCCAGAUGUCGAAUUAAUUAACCAUAAAGAACCUGAAGAUAUUCCUACGUUCAGUAUAGUACCCAGACUGGGUCCAGACGACAAUGAUGGAAAUCCACAAGUUAAUCCAGACCAGCCAGACGCUGCAAAACCACCAACCGAUGUUGCCAAAGUUAAUCCGACUGGUUUACCUGAUUUUCCAGGUAGUCCAGGUUUUAGGCCGUGGGGAUACGAUUUUGAACUAGGCAACGGGGUAAACACGCUUCCAAGCGGUGAGACCAUUCCAGAUUUGAACGUCUACCAACACAAGAAAACUCUGGCUCAGGGAAUGAUGGAUCUAGCUCUGUUCUCAGCAAAUGCAAAUCAACUCAGAUACGUCUUGGAAACUUUUAGGACUCAUCCAUAUUAUUACCCUAGUUUAGCCCUUAUUUCUAUUAGUUUACUUUUACAGGUUGCUGUUGGUAUAGGACUUGUAUGGAAUGCCACUUACAACGUCAAAGACAAAAAAGCGUUGUGUAUAGCGAAUAAAAUUAAUAAUUUUACCAUAAUUGGCGUAUUUCUCGUUACUGUAAUCAACGUAUUUAUAUCUGCUUUUGGAGUUGCUCCAGCGCCGGCUUAGAAAAUAGCAUAGCAUUUAUUUAGUACAUAUUUUUGCCUCUGGUUGAGAAAGUUUAAUCUCUUUAUAUUGUGAUAUUAGCGUAUGUUAAGAGUGAACGAAGUUAGAUUUUUUUUGAUAUGCCUAUGAAUUAGAUAU